UCCAUAGAAGAGGAUUGGCGGAGGAAGAAGAAAACGAAAGAUGGGGAAGCAGCCGGUGAAACUGAAGGCGGUGGUGUACGCAUUGUCGCCGUUUCAGCAGAAGAUCAUGACAGGUCUAUGGAAGGAUCUGCCAGAGAAGAUCCACCACAAGGUCUCCGAGAAUUGGAUCAGCACUAUUCUCCUCCUCGCUCCCGUCAUCGGAACCUACUCGUAUGCUCAACGCUACCAAGAAAAAGAGAAGCUGGAGCACAGGUUCUAAGCAUGGGAAGAAGAUGUUCUGAUUGUUUUUAUGAUAAUAAUCCAAUUCUUGUCUUUCACUUUUCAUUCUCCAGAAUGAGUGUCUGUGUUUCCAAGAGAGUUUGUGCUUUCGUCAACACUCCAAAAAUAGAAGCGUGAAAGUUGCUUCUCUACUGUUUCGUUGAAUACAUUUUGUUGAUUUUUAUGAAAUAAGCAAAAUCGUCGUGGUGUAAGAA